UUUUUUUUUGAGAACACACACAAGAUUUUCAAAAAGCCAUAGCUAAUUUUCUUUCUUUCACCUUGUUCAUUUUACUUAUCUAUAUAUAUAUAUGUCUUUUCUCACAUGUGAUACACACAUUUGAUACACUUUUAAGACUUUUUUUCUAUAAAUAAUGACUUAUAAAACUACUAUACAUAUAUAAGACUUCUUUUUUUUUUUGUCUGUUUGAAGUUUUUUUUUUCUUAAUUAUUUUUCUUGGUCAUGGCUAUGGCUAUGGAGAUGGAAAACAAAGUUUAUGUAGCAAUUAAUUCAGAUUUACAUGAUGGUUUUUUAACUUUACAAUGGACACUUAAAAGAUGGAAUUCUAAUUCUCACCCAAUCACCAUUGUUAUUCUUUAUGCUUCUAAUAACAUAUGCAAAGAUUAUGUUAUUACUCCAAUGGGAAAGCUACCUGUUGGUUCAUUGAAUGAAGAAAAGUUGAAGGAUCUUGAAAAGUUUGAAGAAGCAAAAGAUGAGAAGAUACUUUGGAGAUACAAAGUUUUUUGUGGCAAUGUGAAAGUUGAAGCAAUCAAGAUUGAAAGAUAUGAUGAAUCCAUACAAAAAUUUAUGGUGGAUUUGAUCAAUGGUCUUAAGAUAACCAAAUUAGUCAUGUCAUUGACUUUCAUGAAGCCUUCAUCAUGGAAAUCAAGAAGUGCAAUAAGUGGAUCAUUUUAUGUGCAUAGACAAAAGCCAGAACAUUGUGAAUUAUUUAUUGUAUGUGGAGGGAAAUUGGUUUUUCUUAGAGAAGGAUUAAUUGAAGAUGAUCAAGGAAUUAUGGUUGCAAAAACAAGAUCAAUGAGGCAAAGUUUUAGAGAUUUGGUUAUUAAAAUGUUUCCUGAAAAUAAUUCAAAAUUGAAAAAUCAAAGUGAUUCAAAUUCUUUAUCAUCAACAAGCAAUGGUGGAUUUUAUCAAUGGGAAAAGUAUAAAGAAGAAAUCGAAAAUUAUUUUUGUCAAUUAUUAUCUACAAAUUUUGAAGAAAUUGAUGAUUUUGUUGCUGAUGAGACUGUCCAGAAGAAUAAUAAUAUUACAGAGAUUGUCAUCACAGAACAUAUGACUGUCCAAGAAAAGAAAGAUGCUUUGAGAAUCAAAUUUAUGAAGAUUAAAGAAGCAAUACAUGUAAGCAAAGAAGAAGCAAAAUCCCAUGUUGAAGGACAAGCUAAGGCUCAAUGGGCUAUCACUUUAUGUAUUAGAAGAGCUGAGGAAAUUGAUGGCUGCAUAAAUGAUGAAAUCGCGCAAAAGCCUGAUCUAAAGAGAGAGUUAGAUGCUACAAAAGACGAGCUGAGUGAACUUCACACUGAAAUCGAGGUCACGAAGAGUAAGCUCAGCUCGAUUCUUGAACUACAACGCGAGUUAUCAAACAAGAUGCAGCUAUCUUCCUUGGCAAGAUCGCAUGCGGAGGUUCAAGUGGAGAAAGCAUUGAAGCAAAGAACGGAUACGCUUCAGGAGAUUGAGGAGUUUAGGAAGCAAAGAGAUGUUCUACGACGAAGGAUAGAGUUCUGUAGGGAAAAAGACGCGAUAAGUAACGCUACAAUGCUGAUGGAACCGAGGUUCGAGUACAAGGAGUUCAGUGCUGCAGAGAUUAGAGCAGCCACAGAUGGAUUUUCGGAGCGUAUGAGGUUGAAAUCUGGUGGUGAUUGGACUGAUGUGUAUAAAGCUAGGCUUCAUCAUAUUUCAGUUGCAAUCAAACUGUAUAGUUCUGCAGAUGUUGAUUCUGAAGACACAUUUCAAGCUAAGGUGAAGCUCUUGAGCCAUAUUAGGCAUCCUCAUAUGGUAUCGAUGAUCGGAUAUUGCUCUGAGCUAAGGUGCAUCGUGUUCGAGUAUAUGCAUAAUGGCUGCUUAAGAGACAUACUCUUCUCAGGCAACAGAGGCUCUAAAAGGAGAAACAAAGUCCUAAACUGGCAAGCUAGGAUAUGUAUUGUAGCCAAUGUUUGUACGGGCCUAUGCUUCCUUCACCGCGUCAAGCCAAGACCCGUGGCUCAUGGCAAUCUCAACCCUUCCAAGAUCCUUCUUGAUCGUAACAAUGUGGCAAAAAUCCAUGGUGUUAGGACGCCUUUGUCUUGUGAUAAAUCGGAUAUAAGAUCAGAUAUCCGGGCAUAUGGGAACUUAGUCUUACAGAUUCUGACCGGAAGAAACUGGGUCGGGCUAGUUGAGGAGGCGAUCAUGAUGGACCAGAGUAAGCUUAUUGAAGUGCUUGAUCCGAUGGCCGGGGAGUGGCCAUUGGAUAUAGCACUAGAGCUUGGUAGAAUAGGUAUAAAGUGUUUGUCUAUUCAUGAAGAUAGGGAGUUGAACAUGACUAGUUUGGCAAGAGAAGUAGAGAAAGUGAAGAAGUUGGCUGAUGAAAUAGUAGCAAAUGGUGAAUGUGUUGUGGCAAAGGGAAGAUAUCUAGAUGGCGAUGAAGAUUCAACAGAGUUUCCUGAUUUCUUUCUUUGCCCCAUUUUCCAGGAAGUGAUGAGGAAUCCACAUGUUGCAGCAGAUGGAUUUUCAUAUGAGUUAGAAGCUAUACAAGAAUGGCUAAAGACAGGAAGAGAUACAUCACCAAUGACAAAUUUAAAGCUCAAGGACCAGCAUCUCACUCCGAACCAUAGUUUACGCGCUCUGAUCCAAGAUUCGCUAAAGAAAAGAGCAACUUCUACCAGAUAGAUUCGAUCGAUCGAUAGACAGACAGAUAGAGAGAGUUGAGAUGAAGGUUCAUAGGUUUUUGUACAUGCUGGAGAUGAAUAAUAAAGGUAGCAAUAGAGCAGCUAAAGAAUUUUUUCUCUUAGGUUUUAAGAGUAAACAUGGCAAUCAUAUAGUUUUAUAAAUUUUCUUUUAUAACUGAGAAA